GGAGCUGCUGUCAGGAAUUUUACGUGAACGCUGAGGUGCUUUCGGCAGAUUUCUCACCUGGACACUGACGAGGCGAGCAGGAUGGACUUCACUUACUUUUGGUUCCUUGCCACGACUCUGAUGUUGUUCCACCAGUACCAAGCCUCUGCCUUCUCUGUUACAAGCCCUACAGUGGAGGACGGCCCCCUGGUGCAGCUCACCCACACAGCCCACCGGCGGGAGAAACGCUGCUCUUGCGAGAACCAGAAAGACAAAGAGUGCAUUUUUUUCUGCCACAUUGGCAUCGUCUGGGUCAACACUCCAAGCCACGUUGUUCCUUAUGGAUUUGGAUCGCUGCGACUCAGGAGGGACCUCGGCCGCUGCAUCUGCACGGACACACAGGACACAGAGUGUGUGAGCUUCUGCUCUCUCCGGACACAAACAGAAGGGGAAAGCGUUGUGGUGAAGAGGAAGACUGACAAACAACUGAAGAGAUACAGAGCUGCAUUCUGGGAAAAAAGGAGCCGACAUGCACUCAAACACCAGACCUGA